CCGACCUCUCGGCGGCGGCUGUGGUCGCCGACACAGUCUGACCGGACACCGCGCAAGAUGCUACCCGCAGAGCGAGCUUACCAACGUUCCGCCUCCGCGAUAAUGAAACGACUCACGCUACGCACCUACAGCACCUACUCUCUUGUACGUAUCAGCAGACCGCUUUCAUUCAUAGAGAGCGGUCAUCUGCCCUCCGCCCGCCCUACACCACGCCGCGCUCUAAAUAACCGACUAGCAGCGUCACGCAAAACGCGCCGUGCCCGUGCACACCGUGUCGCGACUUAGUCAUUACGUUCACAAAUCUGUCACAGAACGGCGUGAGCACUCGUCUUAUUAUGCGGGUCGAGACAUCAUGUCCCUGCCGCCGCACCUUCCGGUCUCCAGCAAUGACGAGUAUGUACACAUUAGAUGCCUCGUCGCAAAUCUACACAAGCCAAGGAAUGUGUCCAGGCCGCCAGUCACGGCCGAGAAGAGGAGGUCUUUGGAGGUGGUUCGUGAAAUACCGUCUUCAACCAACAUAGAGCACAGUGGUUCCAUAUCAGAUAGAUUAGAUAACCUCUCAGUGGAGGAGGUGACACCAACAAAGCGCCCGAAAAGUAACAGCAUAGCUGGCUCGCAAUCGCUGGCACCGCCGAUCAUAGAAAAGAAACGAAGAACCUCGUUCCUGCAACUUCAUGUGGGCGGCGCAGCGUAUCAUCCGGGGCCUUUGUCUGCCGGAACCCACCUAGCUGUCCCUCGGUUCACGGUGACGGCACCACCCGGCGAGCAGCAACGUCGCCACAGCAAUGCCUUCGCUGCAUUCCAUGGAUUUGCUCUCCGGCGACAUUCUAACACGAGCCUCCACCGCAGCGAGUCGAUGGUGUCUCUGGCGUGCUUCAAAACGCUCCAGCAGCUAGUGAACAAUGACUCCGACGCCGAACUUCAACAGUACCUCGCCAACAAUAAGAAUAUCCACAUUGAUGACAGGGACGAGAACGGCACUACCGCACUUAUGUGCUCGUGCGAGAGCGGGCGCACAGCGGCGGUACGACUGCUGCUGGGCGCGCAUGCGGAUCCGAACGCUGCCGACGCUGACGGGUGGACACCGCUUGCCUUUGCGGCGCGGUUUGGACACCUUGACAUCGUCAAGGAGCUCCUAGACGCUGGCGCUCGCGUAGACCCGAGGGAUUGUGCAGGCUGGACGCCCCUUAUGUGGGCGUCAUACAAAGGGCACGAGGAUGUGGUGGCGUGUCUUUUAGAAAGCGGAGCCGAUGUACAUGCACAUGAAAAUUAUAAUAUUAAUUCAUUAGUGUGGGCAGCAGGUCGUAAACACAAUAGUAUUGUAAAGCGCCUCCUAGCGGCAGGCGCGCGUCCAAACUCGUGCGACAAAUAUGCGACGUCCGCGUUGACAUGGGCCGCGCGCGCAGGCGAUGUCGCGUCCUGCGCUGACUUGUUAGCCGCUGGGGCAGAUCCUAACACUGCCGGCAUGUAUUGCUGGACACCGCUACUUCAGGCUACACAAGGGAACCACUUCGAAAUAGUUCAAAUGCUGUUAGAACACAAGCCGAAUGUGAAUGCGCUAGACAAGGACGGGUGUACAGCGCUCGCUAUCGCCUGCAAAGAGGGAUACUACGACAUCGCGUUGGCACUUAUUAAUUCUGGAGCUUAUAUAAAUGUUCAGGAUCAUUCAAAAGACACACCACUCAUUAACGCAGUUAAAGGUGGCCACAAGAAUAUAGUAGAAGCGUUGCUAAAGAAACACGUUGACGUGGACUUACCUGGCAAGGAUAAAAAGACACCAGUGUAUACUGCGGUAGAGAAAGGACACGUCGCUGUACUAAAGCUGCUGCUUGCUUCUAAUCCUGAUUUAGAACAUUGCACUGUUAGUGGCGAUACGCCCCUUUUGCGCGCCGUGCGAUCUCGCAAUGCGGAAAUGGUGCAGUUGCUACUGGAGCGCAAGGCACGCGUCAAUGCCGCAGACAAUCGCGGGGACACCGCCCUACAUAUCGCUAUGAGGGCACGUUCUAAGCAAAUAGUAGAAAUUCUUCUGAGAAAUCCGAAGCAUAGUCAAUUAUUAUAUAAGCCAAAUAAACAAAAUGAGACUCCAUACAACAUAGACAUGAGUUACAAUAAGACAAUAUUGGGACAAAUUUUCGGAGCUCGAAAAUUGAAUACGAACGAAGACAAUGAGAACAUGUUGGGAUAUGAAUUGUAUAGCUCGGCGUUAGCCGAUAUGUUGUCAGAACCGAGUCUUUCUGUGCCUAUUACGGUGGGACUCUACGCCCGAUGGGGUUCGGGGAAAUCUUUUUUGCUCAAUAAGCUUAAGGAGGAAAUGAAAAACUUUGCUCGUCAGUGGAGCGAGAUCGGGUGGACAUGGUCGUGGGCAGUGUCGUGGGCUGCAUGGCACGUGGCGUUGUCGCUAGGCGCCUGCGCAGCCAUAGCCGGCACGCCUACUUAUGUUGCGGUAGCUGUGUGCUUUGGGCUCUUUGCUGCUAUUUACUUGGCGUUGUAUGUUCUGUGGUAUUUGGGAAACAGGUAUGAAUGGUGGUGGACUGGCGGCGUGAUGUCGGCGUUGGGUCGCAACUUUAGUUCAUUGUUAUUAGUGCUACAGGUGGUAUUCUGCCAUCCACCUGGCCCUCACGACCCUAGAGCAUUGCCGGCUACACCUAUAAGGUUCCAUUUCACCGAAGGCAUGAAAAGUGGCGGUGGCCAAGAAGGGGAAGCAAUGGUUGUACAAAUGGUAGCCAGUCUGGCCGAGGCGCUGGAGUGUCAGUACGGGAGGGUUUGCUGCAGACUGACUCGGGCUUUUAGACCUAAACCUGUCUCUUCUACAUCAGGAUGGAAAUGGCGUCGCAUGUGCUGUGUACCUCACAUAAUAACGUUCGAAAUCUGCUUUACGUGCAUUUUGUUGGGGCUCUGCAUAAUCGUCAUGUACCUUAACCCAAAAGACGAGUAUCCAAUUGAGAGUGGGUCGUCGUCGAUCAGGCGGCGUGAUAUCCACCAGGGGCUGAUGUACGGCGCGUGCGCGCUCGGCGCUGUAAUAGUGCUGGCUAACCUGUAUACGUGGGGUCGAGUGUUGACCUCACUUGUACUGCCACCGAGGACACGACUUGCAAGAUCGUUGAAGAAAGACGCGCCUACAUUGGCGUUGCGACCUGAAGUGCAGACUCUAACUGAUAUUGUAUCAUGCCUAGACGCAUUCACGGGUCAACAAACACGUCUAGUAGUAGUAGUGGAUGCCCUAGACAGCUGCGAGCAGGAGAAAGUACUCGUCUUACUCAAUGCAGUACAUGCACUAUGUUCCGACCCAAAGAGUCCGUUCAUACUGCUUCUAGCGAUCGACCCGCAUAUCAUAAGCAAGGUCGCUUGGAUGGAGGCAGUGGAAAUAAACAGUCGUCGAGCAUUUUCCGAAAGUAACAUUGGCGGUUGGGACUAUCUCCGGAAUAUGGUACAACUGCCAUUUUACCUGCAAAACUCUGCACUACGGCGUGUGAAAACGGCGCAGGCGAUUGCCAUUAAACGCAUGCAGGUUAUCAAUUCUGAAGACUUCUCUACGUCGCUGCAAAGAUCUGUAUCCGCACGCCGCCUAUCCUCAACAUCAGAAGUAAUGUCCAGUCAAGAAAGGAUAAAAAACCAGUCGUCAAAAGAUGGUCCCGGUAGCAAUACGGCUGCGGCGCGUGCCCGAAGACUUCGCCCGUCAGAUUCGGUCGCGUCUUCUAUAGCCUCAGGGUUGCAUAGGGCUUCAGCGUCGGCCCCGGCAGGAGGAGCCGCUGACCUUGGAAGGGUGCUGUUGACGGAUGAUUACUUCAGUGACGUCAACCCUAGAAGCAUGAGGCGGCUUAUGAACGUGCUGUACGUCACUGGUCGCCUCCUAAAAGCAUUCCAAGUGGAAUUCAACUGGUACCAACUGGCGUCGUGGGUGAAUCUCACGGAGCAGUGGCCAUUCCGUACCUCGUGGAUCAUUUAUCAUCACGAGACUUACGAGGAACAUAUUGACGACACUACGUCGCUCAAGCAUAUUUAUGACAAAGUGAAACCUUUAAUGACAAAUCUUCGAGAAGCUGGUUCUUUAAUGGAACUUGACCGUGACGAACGCAAGUUGGAAGUAUUCCUCAGUUUUCACCGCUCUACGCUUACAGCUGCUGACCUUAAGAUCUUCCUACCGUUCACUAUUAAUUUGGACCCUUAUAUCAAGAAGGUUAUUAAAGAGGAACAAAUGCAGUCAGGAGUGGAAGAAGACCUCGGAGCUGGAGGAGCAGCGGGAAAUAUGAUUUUCAAUACUACUCAACAGCGCCACCCGCAUUCAAAAUUAUUCCAAAGAAAAAAUCGCAUAUCGCCACCCCACCAUGUCGUUCCUACUGGUCCAGUGGCCCCCCAACCGAUGUGGGUUGGCUGGGCCAACACAGGCUCGAACUUCUUUUCUCAAGCUCUGCCCUCGUCGUAUUCAAAUAUGCAUCAGGCACCACAAGCACCGCCGCCGCCGCCGUUGCCGCCGCCGCUCCUUAACCCUUAUCAGACAUUAAAAACUGCUUUCCCCAGCCUGGUAAGUGAGGGCGACGUAGCCAACCUGCGUCUGUCUACUAUGAGCAUAGAGCGCGUGUGUAGCGUGGUCCGAGCGGCACUGGGCUCGGGCGCUACGGCGGCGUGUGAUGCGCUACAGCAGCACAAGGUCAGCGGCCUUGCACUCUCCAUCUGCCAACUGUCUGAUCUUAAGCCGAUAUUGGACCUGCCAUUUGGUGACUGGGAGCUUUUCCAGCUUCUGAUAAAUAACUUACGGGAACUGGAAGCUAAUAUGCCGACAAGUGCACCAGCUGUUAAUGUGAUACCAGAGAAACCUAUUGAAAUUGAUAGCAUAGACGCGUCUUCAGUUGUAAAACAGAGGCCUGUGUUAUUGGAACAACAGAGAAGCCGGCCUUCAAAUGUUGAAAAACAGCUUUACGCGGAAUAUCAGGUGACCCUCGAGGAGCAAAUGAUAUGCGGCGCACUGCAAACGCUAAACGAAGAAGCGAUGGAGGAUGUAUUACAGUCGGAGCCCCCCUCCCACCCAGAUGAGGCAAGUGAGCUGCAGCUGCAACUGCGACCGGGCGGCGGCGCAUCAUUGGCAGGCAGUGCGGCCACAUCGCCCGCCGCCUCGCCACGCGCACCGCGCAAGGAUUUCUCCAUCCUCAAAAGCGGCAGCGCCUUCCGCGCGCGUCACCCACCCGCCGUUACCUUCAACGUUGAGAACGAAGAGGACUCUGACGACGAGGGUCAGAUCACUUUCAGUGUACGCCCGCACCCCGCCCAAACUGCGCACUACCGCGCACCACAGCCCGCGCUGUCCACCGCGCCGCGGAACGAACUGCCCACAUCGCGUUCGCGACCGUCGUCUCUGCUGGUUGCCUCCGAGGACACUCCCGACUCCCACCUCUAUGUCCGCUCCAUGUCCGUCGAGGACUCCACGAAGACGGACUCGCCGAUUGUUGAUCUCAAACGGAAAAACUUGAGGAAAACUGCCGAACUCCUUCGGAAAGUGAGCUCGGCGGAGCGUCUGUCGCGACUCAAGGAUAAAAUCAUACGGGGCAGUAGCGGAUCGCGAGACCGAAGCCCUGCGCGCGAGGAAGGCAGCGACGACGAGUCGGUGCCGUUGGUGGCGUCGGUACCGAGCUCGCCCGCCACCAACCUGUCCCGCGGUUCAGGCUCGUCAUUCGCAUCGCAAUCUCCGCCGCCGCAAGCACUGGGCGUGGAAAUCGGGGAUCGUAGCCUACAAGAUGUGAGCGCUAACUCGGACGUCUCGCCGCGUUCGGAUCUCACCGAGCUAGAGUCGCCGCGCACCGCCGACUUCGACGUGCUGCCGGAGGGCAAGAGCGACGAGGAGCGCGGUGGUGCUUGUGCGCGUGUAGAGCGCGUCGAUAGCAGUGGCUCCGUCUCCAACAUGGUGGAGCCAUACAACAUGCGACUAUUGUCGCGCGGCGCCUCCGACGCGCGCUACUUGUGGCGACAGGACGCGCUCGAGUCCGGCCCGCCUUGGCCAUGGGACGAGCCGGACUCUGCCGUGUGACACGAAAUCCGUUUUAAAUUCCCUGAAACGCCUGUGUAAUAGAAUGUUUUCGCAUUCAAGAGCAUAGAAGAAAUAAUAAUUCGAUUUUGUCGUCUAUUGAACAAGACGAACUCUCCUGAUUGACAAGCUCACGAUCCCUUGUAUUAUUACUUCUGUAGUAUAUUUUUGGAGGAUGUAAAGUAUCCAUAACAUCGAUCUACGACACGAGUACUUAAAUUUACAAUUCUAAGACAUUGCAAAUUUCAAUUGCAUUUAAAAGAUGUAACGUGACUAAACCUUGAAUUGUGAUAUUAUAACCAUAUGUAUAUGGCAAUAUAUUUGUUGUGAAAUGUAAUCUUAGUGUUUCAUUUCUUUUCACCAAUGAAUAAAGAACAUUAGUUCAAUAAAUUUAUUUACCAACAUGACACAGCUAAUUGAAAUAA